AUGUUCGCUAAUCCACCGCCCGCUAAUCCCGCGCCCACACGGAGCGAAGGGGACGUCGACCCGUUCGUUCUCUACACCCAGUCCCUCCACGAUUAUACUCUGCAAUUGUGGACGGAGUCGCGAAGGCUUGCGGAAGAGAAGGCCCGUAUCAGGGCCGCAGAAAUUGCGGGGUCGAAGAAGCAGGAGGGGAGGCAAAGACAGCGGGCAGACGCGGCUAGGCAUUAG